AACUACUCCAGCGAAGGCAUUAGCCAGCACAAUAAGGACUAGGAGAGAGCUUCAAGGCAGGUUACCAGGAUUUUCCAAUGUCUCCAACAAUGAUAUUGCGCUCAAGAUUCCAAAAGCCUUCUGAGGUGAAGAUUAGAAAACGACAAAUGGGAUGCAGUAAAAAUAAACAGAAAAAAUCAACUGCAUCUCAGAUACCAGUGAACCAGGAAACUACGCGUAAAAAUCAAAACUUAAGGAAAUCAUCAAGUAAAUCUGAAGCAUACCAACACUAUGACAGAAAGAAAUGUUACAUACUGACAAGAGACUCAAAAACUCUGCGUUUUGAUUUAGACGAGCAAGGCCAUCGUAAAAUAUCAGUUGAGGAUUCACAAUCCACUGAAGAUAUUGCAUGGUUAGACAUAUUCACAAGCAACAAACGGAAUAAUUGUGUUCCGGUGGCCGGAAACAGCACUAAAAAACAUUGUAAAAAUUUGGUGACCAUGACUCAGCGAUCAAAAAAUAACUUUCUCCUAUUGGGCAAGAAUAAGAAACAACUGUAUCUGAAGGUCUUGAAUCCAAAUGGCAAGGCAUCACGGGAUUGUGUGGACAGCAUGGAAGUGAUUACAGGUGGAGCGCCUGACCCCAGACAGUUGACUGAACAAGAAAACCAGCUGUUCAUCAUGCAUUACAAACAAGAAGAUUCAGUUAGGUUUCAGUGUUAUACGGAUCAGAACUACUACCUUCAUGUGAACAAGGACUCCGUUGACCUAUGCAAGAUGAAAGAAACAGAUGCUGAUACAGGAAAAGACUUCUAUUUCAAGGUGGCAUAUGUGUGAUACAUACUUCCCCAGGCCUUUGCAAUGUCUCAAGUAUGUACACAGCCCCUGAAAUGAGCCAAUACAAAAUAGAAAUGAAGGGAGAUUGAGAUCAUGGGAGGAUUAAGUUCCUUAGUUUUGUAUAAAGUUUUUCUAUAGCCUCUGUUUCGUGAUUCACUAUUUUUGAUGUGUAAGGGAGAAGUCAUUUUGUGUUUUAAAUAUACUGUACCUGAGUGAAGUAUGUAACUUAGAGGGGGGAUGGCGAGCAGUGUUUUAGAAAAAAGCAAUUUCUUGACAUUAUAUUUAUACUUUAAA